AUGUCCGCUGAAGCAUCGAACGCCACCAAUGGUGCUGCCUCCAAGUCUCUUGCCGCCAUGCUGGAGGAGCAACACACCCGUGAAGACCAUCAUGUCACCGUUGAGGACGUCAUCGAUGAGGAGGAUCUCAAGCACCCGCCGCCAUCAUCCCUGGUGAAUAACAACUCAUCGGCCCCUGUUGCCCCUGUCUUGGAAUCCACCACACCGGCUGAGACCGCCACCCCCUCCCCAAUCUCGAAGCCUGCCGUUAAGAAGACACCGGCAUUUGAUGUACAGUCGGAGGAGCUGUUCCCAGCACUGGGCAGUGGCCCUAAGCCCUCUGCCCCCGCGGCUGCUACCUGGGGUGCGAAGAAGCCAUCUGCAGCAGCCGCUGUGGCCCAUGGCCAGCCCGCCAAGCCAAUGGAUAUCCCCCGAGUAAUGUCUCUUCCCGGAAAGCACAUGGAGCAGCUUCGCCUUGCCCCAUCUCAGAUGCUUCCCCGCGGUCAGAUGAAGAAACCCCUGCAAGAUAUCCUCCGUGACAUUUCUCGGAGAUCCAAGGCUACUGUGAAUAUUCGUGGUGGCCCCGGUGGCUCCGUUAUCUUUGAAGGCAAGGGAUCCGUCGAAUCAGUCCGCCAGGCACUGAAGGAGGUUGCACAGCAGGUUGGAUCUAAGCAAUCCGUCCGUGUCCCUAUUCCUACCUCUGCCCGAGCUCACAUCAUUGGCCGCCAGGGUGCGGUGGUUCAGGACAUUCAGACCCGUACCGGUGCUCGUGUUCAAGUUCCCCGCGCCGAUAGCAAUGCCGCUGCCGCUGAAGAUGAUGACGAUGAUACCAUUGACGUUCUGAUUGAGGGUGAUGCAGUUGCUGCUGAGAUGGCUCGCCGGGAGAUCGAGGCGAUUGUUAAAGAGCGGGGCUCGAGCAUGAGCUUGCGCUUGAAGACCGUCCCGCCAGAGUUCUUCCCGUUCAUUGCUGGUGCUCACGACGCAGCUUUGCGCGAGAUUGAGGAGCGAACAAAGGCACAGAUCAACGUACCCCGGUACGACACCUGGACUUCGCAGCCCCCUCCCCAGGAGGCACACCCCGGCCAGGUGCAGUUCGUGCCUGUUGCCGACAAGCACAUUCUCAUUUCUGGAGAGCGUGCCGCGGCCCAGGAAGCUCGUGCAGAGAUUGAGCGUUUGGCCGCCGACUUGCAGCGUAAAUUGACCCUCCGCCAAUUGGCUAUCAACCGCGGCCAGCACCAGUUUAUUCUUGGAAACGAGGCCGACGCUUUGCACCAGUUCGUUGCGCAGACUGGCUGUGCGAUUAUUUUACCUCCUGCGUCGGACGACAGCGAAUUCCUCACAAUCACCGGUCCCGUUGACCAAAUUGAGGCUGGUGUUAACCACGCGAUGGAUCUUGCGACUAGCAUGCAAAUGGCCAGCAUUGACCUGUCCCGCCAACACCCCAACGCCCCUGCUGGUCCCCACGCUCACGCUCGUGCUCUGACUCAGUACCUGAAGCGUCGUCAGAUCAUCAAGCAACUCGAGUCGGCUUAUGAUGCGCACAUCGCUCUCUCCCCAAGUGUCGAGGGCCCUGUCGCCUGGGAGGUCUACUCUCGUGAUGGCAAGAACACCAUCCGCGCUCGUUCAGAUAUCAUGAACCUUGUUCAAGCCCACCCCCCGUCUCGUCUCCGUCAUGUCCCAGUUGACCCCUACUUCCACCCUUACCUGCGCUCUCGUGGUGCGAGCAAGCUCCAGGGUGACUACGGUGUUCAUCUCCUCGUGCCCGAGGAUAUUGACAGUCCCGAAGUUGUCCUUGUUUACGAGGGUCCCACUUCCACUGCCUCCAACUUUGAGCGUCCCUCCCCGGCGGAGGUUGCCGAGUUUGAGAAGUCCUUGCUGGAGGCUCAGGCUUUCUUGUUGAGCACACUUGGUAACCAGAAUGAUAUCGUUGGCGCAUCGGUUUCUGUUCCUGCCAAAUACCAGGAGAAGGCCCGCAAGUUCAUCAUCCGUGAGCAGGAUGCUAAGGGUGAAGACAGCAUUCCUGUGCGUGCUAUUGUUGGUGAGCCCAAGGCCUCUAAGUGUGAGAUUUCGCUGCGCGGACCCUCCGAAUCCGUCUCGGAGCUCGCUGCUAAGCUGGAGGCGUUUGUUGUGGAGCAGGAGCAGGAUGAUCUGGAGCGUGGCUACACAAACACCUUCGAUUUCCCUCAGAAGUUCGCCAACUUCCUGAUCGGAAAGCGUGGCGAGAACAUCAACAAAUUGCGCGAGGAAUUUGAUGUCGACAUUAAGGUUGAGAACGGCAAAGUUGAGGUCAAGGGCCCCAAGGCCAAGGCGGAUGCUACCCGCAUGCGUAUCAUGAACAUGGGCAAGAAGUGGGAAGAUGAAACCACCCACGUCCUGAAGGUUCCUGCCCAGUACCACCGCGAGCUUAUCGGACAGCGGGGUACCCUUGUGAACCGUCUCCAGGACCGCUACUCAGUCCGCGUCCAGUUCCCUCGGGCAGCCGCCUCUACUGACGACCAGUCCGUUGCCGAGACUGCCAGCGAUGCUGGUGUUGCCCGCAACCGCCCUCAGCAGGCGUCUGAUGAGGUCAUUAUCAAGGGUCCUAGCAAGGGCGCUGACGCUGCUCGUGAUGAGAUUCUCGGUUUGUUGCAGUGGGUUAUUGAUCACUCGAACAGUGCCACUAUCUCAGUCGCCCAGAGCCAGGUUGCUUCGCUCAUUGGUCAACGUGGCCGUGAGAUGGACAAGCUUCGGGCGGACACUGGUGCUCAGAUUGAUGUUCCUGCCGCGAAUGAUGCACCGGAUGCAUCGGGCCGUGUCCAGAUUCGUGUCAAGGGUACCAAGCAGCAGGUGGCCGAGGCUAAGAAGAUCUUGCAGCAGCGGGCCACCGACUUUGAUGCUACUGUCACCAAGUCUAUCGAGGUUGAGAAGAAGUAUCAUAAGGCCCUUAUUGGGGGUGGUGGUGCCAAUAUCCGUAAGAUUGUCGUUGAUGCUGGUGGUCCCAGUGAUGGCAGCGCUGCUCGUAUGGUCCGAUUCCCCAAGCCUGAUAGCACCGAGUCUACCAUCCGUCUCGAGGGUAAUGGAAAGAUUGUCGACAGUAUCAUCGCUGCCAUUGAGGAGUUCGUCAAGGAGCGUGCCGAUCAGGUCUCUGAGACUGUUGAUGUCCCCACUGCUCAGCACCGCCUCCUUAUUGGUCGUGGAGGUGAUACCCGCCGCGGCAUCGAGUCGAAGUUCAACGUCACUCUGGACAUUCCCAAGCAAGGCUCUGGUCGCACCGACGUCAAGCUGAAGGGUGCUAGCGGUGCUGUUGCCGAGGCAAAGGAGCACAUCCAGGGCAUGAUGAAGGACCAGCACGCUGAGACAGCUUUCGUUCCAACUCACUUGCACCACGCUGUCGCUGACAACGGUGCUUUCUUCCGCCGUCUGCGCAGUGACCACCAGGUCACUGUUGAUCAUGCCGGCAAGUCUGUACCCGCCAAUCCGGCUUCUGAGGAGACUCGCAGCUCUGCCAAUGGCACUUCUCUUCCCCUUAUCACCGAUGACCCCACUGAGGCCACAGAUGCCCACUCCUGGAAGGUGAUUGACAACAGCCUCUCUGCCGAUGCUGACACCACCCCCUUCCCGUGGGUCCUUAGUGGCUCUCCGGAAAAUGUCGCCAAGGCCCGUGCCGCGAUUGAGAAGGCUGUUGCCUCUGCUAGCCAACAGUCCGCUACUGGUUACCUGAUCCUGCCGGAUCCUAAGACCUACCGUUUCGUUGUUGGUCAGGGCGGUAGCCAGAUCAACGCGAUCCGGAAGAAGACCGGCUGCCGUAUCAACGUGCCCAAGGACCAGGCACGUGGCGAGGCCAUUGAGAUCCGCGGCAGCUCGGCUGGUCUGGAAGAAGCCAAGGACAUGAUUUUGGAGGCCGUGCAGAAUGGCCUGAACGGCUCUGCUCGUUGA